GUGAUACUUCGGAAAAACAAUUUAGUCAAACUGUAGCACUGAGGAGCAGCGCCAGACAACCGCUCCAAUGACUUCUGUGCAUUAAAAGAGGAACUGAGAGGAAGCAACAUGGCAGAGGGGGACAAAUCCAACCCUGCUUAUGCCCUGUUCGACAGCUUCACUCAGGCCGAGACCUGCAAGGAGGUACUCGGCACGUUUUCUGAGUUGUGUCGCCAUCUGGAGGUGGACCCCCGCGACUACAAGCGCUUCUAUGGCAAACUGAAGGAGCGGCUGAACUACUGGAAGGCCAAAGCCAUAUGGACCAAGCUCGACAAGCGGGCGGCCCACAAUGACUACAUGGAAGGCCAAGCAUGUGCCAAAAACAAGUGCCUGGUGCUGGGUGCGGGUCCGUGCGGGCUGCGUACGGCGGUGGAGCUGGCGUUGCUAGGGGCCCAGGUGGUGGUGCUGGAGAAGAGGGAUGCCUUUUCCAGGAACAACGUGCUGCACCUCUGGCCCUUCACCAUCCAUGACCUCAAAGAGCUCGCCGCCAAGAAGUUCUACGGCAAAUUCUGCACCGGAGCCCUAGACCACAUCAGUAUACGUCAGCUCCAGCUGAUCCUACUGAAGGUUUCCCUGCUGCUGGGGGUGGAGGUCCACACAGGAGUGGAGUUCAAAGGCCUGAAGGAACCCUCAGGGAACACUGGCUGGAAGGCUCAGAUAUCUCCAGCGGGCCACCCGGCGACUGAUUACCAGUUUGAUGUGUUUGUGUCGGCAGGAGGAGGCCGCUUUGUUCCAGAGGGUUUCCAGCGUAAAGAGCUGCGUGGUAAGCUGGCCAUUGGCAUCACGGCCAACUUCAUCAACCGGCACACGUCAGCCGAGGCCCAGGUACCCGAGAUCAGUGGAGUGGCACGCAUCUACAACCAGAAGUUCUUCCAGGAGCUGCACACAGAGAUGGGUAUUGAUCUUGAAAACAUAGUUUACUACAAAGACGCCACACAUUACUUCGUCAUGACGGCCAAGAAGAAGAGUCUAUUAAACAAAGGGGUCAUUAAAAAGGACUUCAGCGAUGCGGAGCAGCUGCUGGCUUCGCGUAACGUGUGUGCGGAGGCCCUGAUGCGCUACGCGUACGAGGCGGCCGACUUCUCCACCCUCGGCCAGCUACCAGACCUGGAGUUUGCCCGUAACCAUGCCGACCAGCCGGACGUGGCCAUGUUCGACUUCACCUGCAUGCACCGCGCCGAGAACGCCUCGCUGGUGCGGGAGAGGAAGGGCAAGAGGCUGCUGGUGGCGCUGGUGGGAGACUGUCUGGUGGAGCCGUUCUGGCCUCUGGGUACAGGUAUUGCUCGUGGGUUUCUGGCCUCGUUUGACACUGCCUGGAUGGUGAGGAGCUGGGGCAAGGGGGGCGCUCCCCUCGAGGUCCUCGCAGAGAGAGAGAGCGUCUACCAGCUGUUGUCCCAGACCAGCCCAGAGAACACCAGCAAGAACUACUCCAACUUCAGCAUCAACCCCAGCACCCGCUACCCCAACCUCAAGACCAAGACCACCACCACCAGCCAGGUGCAGCAUCUGUAUGAUCGAGGCAAACCAGAGGACAGCCGUCUCAGUCUCAACAGAACACUGAAACAAACUCCCCACCGCCAUGAGUCUGGGAGUGGCACUCUGGUGGACCUGCGUAAGUGGUGUGAGCAUAACACGCGUGGCUACGCGGGGGUGAAGGUGAAGGACCUAAAGGAGUCCUGGAGGUCUGGACUGGCCCUCUGUGCCCUCAUCCACCGCUUCAGGCCUGACCUCAUUGACUUUGGCUCCCUGAGCAAGUCCAAUGCUGCCCAUAACAACCAGCUGGCGUUUGACAUCCUGCAGCGGGAGCUGGGCAUCGCCCCCCAGAUGUCCGGGGCGGACAUGGCCUCCUGUGCUCAGAUAGACCAGCUCACCAUGGUGCUGUACCUCUCACAGGUCCACGCCGCACUCUCCAAGAAGCCGCCCGUCACAGAUGAAAUCAGUCACUUGGCGCCGUCCAAGCCCAUCUCCCUCAAUACAGCGCGAUCCGCCGUCAGCUUUCUGAACAAGCUCAAGCACAACUCCCUGCAACGCCGCAAGGAGAGCCUGUCUGCAGACAGAGAGAGGAGGAGUCAGAAGAUGAAGCAGCAGGAGGAGGAAGAGGAGGCCCAGCCACAGGUGACUCCGGAGUCUCCUGCGUCCCCAGUCUCGCCGGGCUCCCCCCUGAGCAGCGAGGUCUGCUACUUCUGUAACCAGCGGCUGUACGUGCUGGAGCGGGAGAGCGCCGAGGGCAAGUUCUUCCACCGCAGCUGCUUCACCUGCCACCGCUGUAGCGCCACCCUCAGGCAGGGAGGGUACUCCUACCACCAGAGCAGCGGGAAGUUCUACUGUGAGCUGCACUCUGAGGAUAUGGAAUCGGGCCACAGGAACCUGUCCACACACACCCAGGAUGGUCCUACUCAGCCUAUAAAGGACGCAUCGAGUGGGAAGGAGGCGAGUGAAGACAGGGUGAAUGGACAGAACGGGAAAGACAGGCUGAAUGGACAGAACGGGACCGACGGCUGUGCCGCCUCACUGGACACCACAGUGCCAGAGGACCCCCAUCCCGGCGGCUCCAGAGACCCCCACCCACCUCCAUCCUCCUCCUCCCCCACACACAGCCCUGCCAAGCAGCCUCCGGAGGACUCCAGUGCGGGUGUCGCCACCCUCGUGCCUGUGCCCGCUCCACGAGGGGCGCACUCCCGCCAGCCCCAGUCACCGCCCACGCCAAAGCCACGCUCCAUCCACCUGCCGCCGCAGCCACCCACCCCCAGCCACACCUCCUGCCCCCCAGGCAGGAGACCGGACACUGUGGCAGAAGAGGACGAGGAAGGUGAGCACGAAGGGGAGCAGGGUAGACAGACUCCCAGCAGUCAGCCAGAGAACGGGAAUGAGAACGGGGCUGACGACGCCUCCGCCGCCUCCUCCUCUUCCUCCUCCUCCUCCUCCAGGACCAAGCUGAAGAAGCUGGGCAUGUCCGACGAGGAGCGCAGCCAGCUCAGCAGCCUCAGCUACAGCCAGGACUCCGACUCGGAGCCCCCCGCCUCCUCCUCGGCCUCCGCCUCCUCCUCCAGCUCCUCCAAGAAGCGCACAGACAGGGGAGGAGGAGGAGUGACUGAGAUGACGGCCGAUGGUCGGGAGGAUGAGGAGGAGGAAGACGAGGAUGAGGGCAGGUACUGGACUACAGGGCAGACGCCGGAUGGGCACCACGUGAGGGAGCAGAGGCACCGGAGAUGCUUCAGGAGGAGGGGGGAGCAGGCGGCCGCAGCAGGCCAGCCGGGCAGCAAGCAGGGCGGGCGGGUGCGCUCCAAGUUCUCCCCCUGGAACCUGUCGUCUCCGCGUCUGGGGAGGGACCACCGCCUCAGCGUUCACGUGGAGCCUGCAGGUGUAAUGUAUGUAUCAGGAGAGGACAAUGGGGAUGAUGAGGAGGAUGACUUCUACAUGUUUGGAGACAACAUAGAUUUCCUGGAGCAGCAGGUCCCGUCAGACCCAUUGGAGGCCCAGAGGUUGGAGCUGCGUAAGAUGAGGACAUUGGAGCGCCGAGCCAAGAUGAGCGAGAUCCAGCGCUUCCACCGAGCACAGUCUAUCCAGAGGCGACUGGAGGAGAUCGAGGUGACCUUCAAGGACCUUGAGGAGAAGGGGGUGGAUCUGGAGAGAGCACUCAGGAAAGAGUCAGAUUCCUCUGAUUCUGACCUGAUAGAGCAGUGGAUAGAGCUGGUGCAGGAUAAGAAUGCUCUGGUGUCUGAGGAGUCGGAUCUCAUGGUGGCGUCUCGUCAGCUGGAGCUGGAGGAUAAGCAGAGCAUGCUGGAGUUGGAGCUGAGGCGCUGUAUGGAGAUCAGCGACGGUGAGAAGAGUACGGCAGAGCGCGAGGCGGAGGAGCGCUUGAUAGCGGAGAUGGUGGAGGUGGUGGACAUGCGGAACUCGCUGGUGGCCUUCCUGGAGGAGAAGAGGCUGAAGGAGCUGAGCGAACCCCCCAUCACCAACACACUCAUGGAGGCCAAGAGGCUGUCACAGACCCCCCAGGUCCACUGGGAAUGAGGACACACACACACACACACACACACACACACACACACACACACACACACACACA